AUGUGUGUUGAUGGCUCGUCUAACAAGCAAGGCAGCAGAGCUGGAAUACUCCUCGAAGGACCCACGAGUCUCGCGCUCGAACAAUCUCUUCAUUUUGCGUUUAAAGCAUCGAAUAAUCAAGCUGAAUACGAGGUGAUACUGACAAGGUUAAGGCUAGCAAGAGAAGUAAGUGUUCAAAAAUUGGUAUGCUGGACUGACUCAAAGGUCGUCUCGAAACAGGUAAAUGGUAACUUCCAAGUCAAAGAUGCCUACUUGUUAAGGUAUUAUCAUACUUUUCGAGACAUGUGUCAAAACUUUGAUGAAGUAACGGUGAAGCACACACCUCGUGAGAAUAAUGAAAGGGCUGAUCAGUUGGCACGAUUGGCUACUAGCAACCAAAAAUCCAGGAAACUCAGAACUACCCUUCAUUUUGAGCUUUCCACCCCGAGCAUCGAUAACACCGAGUGUCUAGAAGUUGCCGAAAAAACAACAACGUGGAUGAACGAAAUCUUACGCUUCAUCACUGAAGGCACGGAACUAGCAUGCCCUUCAACGGCCAAGAAGCUGCGAACCCAAGCUGCAAGAUACUCAGUGGUGAGUGGUGAGCUCUACAAGAGAGGCUUCUCAUCUCCGUUACUUAAGUGUGUCAACUCGGAACAAGCUGAUUAUGUCUUAAGGGAAAUCCAUGAAGGAAUUUGCGGUUCUCAUUCGGGUGGAAGGACUUUAGCAGCCAAAGUGCUAAGAGCUGGCUAUUAUUGGCCAACCCUCAAAUUUGAUUGCAUGGAGUUUGUCAAACGAUGCAUCCAAUGUCAGAAACAUGGCAACCUAAUUCAUUCAUCGACCGAACAACUGCAUAACAUCAACUCGCCUUGGCCAUUUGCCCUAUGGGGAAUGGACAUACUUGGACCGUUUCCCAUUGCUAAGGGUCAAUGCAAAUUCUUGCUGGUAGCAAUUGAUUACUUCACAAAGUGGAUCAAGGUCGAGCCACUUGCCACAAUCACAACGAGGAACGUUCAGAAGUUCAUAUGGAAGAAUAUCAUCACACACUUCGCUCAUGCGAUAGUAACGGACAACGGUCUAUAA